GCGGGCUGCGAGCGCCGCCAGCGCGGGGACCCGGGCGGCAGGCGCAGCGCUCCCCUCCGCCGCCCCGCGCGCCUCCUCGGGCGGCCCCGCCCCCGUUCCCAUCCCCCUCGCGCUGCGCUCACCUCCCGGCUGUGCGGCGCGCGAGGCGGAGCGAGGCUCGCCCGCCGCCGCCGCCGCGGUGCUGAGGGGCGAGCCUGUCCCCCGCGCCGCCGCUGACAAGAGGACCGCCGCAGGCUGCCAGCGCUCGCCGGCCGCGAGGCCCCGCUGAGCCCGACUGUAGCGCGGAGCCUCCGUGGGGCGUCCGCGGGCGGCGCGGUCCUCACCGGAGACCACAGGCACGCGGGCUUUGACCCCCGAGGUGCGCCGCGCCCCUCAGAACGGCAGUUUUAUAUUAAAAGAGCACAACCAUGUUUCGGAAUAGUCUCAAGAUGCUUCUUACUGGUGGGAAAUCAAGUCGGAAAAACAGAUCAAGUGAUGGAGGAAGUGAGGAACCACCGGAUCGAAGACAAUCGAGUGUAGAUUCUCGCCAAAGCCGCUCUGGGCAAGGUGGCAUCUCCACAGAAAGUGAUUGUGCUUUUGAGCCAGACUACGCUGUUCCACCACUUCCAGUGAGUGAAGGUGAUGUUGAACAAGAACUUGGCCCACCUCCGUCUGUAGAUGAGGCAGCAAACACACUCAUGACUCGUCUGGGUUUCCUCCUUGGAGAGAAAGUCACAGAAGUACAACCAGGUGACCAGUACAGCAUGGAGGUACAGGAUGAAAAUCAGACUUCAGCAAUCACCCAGCGAAUAAGUCCCUGCUCCACCUUGACUAGCAGCACUGCCUCUCCACCAGCCAGCAGCCCCUGUUCUACGUUGCCACCGGUCAGUACAAAUGCAGCUGCCAAGGACUGUAGCUAUGGGGCUGUCACCAGCCCCACCUCCACCCUAGAAAGCAGAGACAGUGGCAUCAUUGCAACAUUAACAAAUUAUUCUGAAAACAUGGAGCGAACAAAAUAUGUUGGGGAAGGCAGUAAAGAAUUAGGAUCUGGAGGAAACCUAAAACCAUGGCAGUCUCAAAAAUCUAGCAUGGACUCUUGUCUGUACCGAGUGGAUGAAAACAUGGCUGCAUCCACAUACAGCCUGAACAAGAUCCCGGAGCGGAAUCUGGAAACAGUUUUAUCGCAGUCAGUACAGUCCAUUCCGUUGUAUCUCAUGCCUCGGCCAAAUUCUGUAGCAGCCACAAGCUCUGCCCACUUGGAGGAUCUUGCUUACCUGGAUGAGCAGAGACACACUCCUUUGAGGACAUCACUUAGAAUGCCAAGACAGAGCCUGAGCGGUGCUCGCACACAGCAGGAUCUCAGAGUUCGCUUUGCACCUUACAGACCUCCAGACAUCUCCCUGAAGCCCCUACUCUUUGAAGUGCCCAGCAUUACCACAGAGUCAGUGUUUGUUGGCCGAGAUUGGGUAUUCCAUGAGAUUGAUGCUCAACUUCAGAGUUCCAAUGCCAGCGUGAACCAAGGAGUAGUGAUUGUGGGAAACAUUGGGUUUGGCAAAACUGCCAUCAUCUCCAGACUGGUAGCCCUCAGCUGCCAUGGUACACGGAUGAGACAGAUUGCCUCUGACAGCCCACAUGCCUCCCCCAAACAUGUGGACGCCAACAGAGAGCUACCACUCACCCAAGCACCUUCAGCCCAUUCAUCUAUUACCAGUGGAAGUUGCCCAGGAACUCCAGAAAUGCGCAGGCGGCAAGAGGAAGCCAUGCGAAGACUUGCCUCACAGGUGGUUGCCUAUCACUAUUGCCAAGCAGAUAAUGCCUACACCUGCCUGGUCCCAGAAUUUGUCCACAACGUUGCUGCCCUGCUCUGCCGCUCACCUCAGCUGACAGCUUACCGGGAACAGCUUCUUCGGGAGCCUCACCUGCAGAGCAUGCUAAGCCUCCGCUCCUGUGUUCAAGACCCCAUGGCCUCCUUCCGGAGGGGAGUCCUAGAGCCCUUGGAGAACCUUCACAAAGAGAGAAAAAUCCCAGAUGAAGACUUCAUCAUUUUAAUUGAUGGAUUAAAUGAAGCAGAAUUUCACAAACCGGAUUAUGGGGAUACAAUUGUAUCAUUUCUGAGUAAAAUGAUUGGAAACUUCCCUUCUUGGCUCAAACUAAUUGUAACAGUUAGGACCAGUUUACAGGAAAUUACCAAGUUGCUGCCUUUCCAUAGGAUUUUUUUGGAUCGACUAGAAGAGAAUGAAGCCAUAGACCAGGACCUGCAGGCUUACAUCCUGCACCGGAUUCACAGCAGCUCAGAGAUCCAGAAUAACAUCUCACUUAAUGGCAAGAUGGACAAUACUACAUUCGGCAAACUCAGUUCUCACCUCAAGACCCUCAGUCAAGGGUCAUAUCUAUACCUGAAACUCACAUUUGACCUCAUAGAGAAAGGCUACCUAGUGCUAAAGAGUUCUAGCUACAAAGUUGUUCCUGUUUCGCUCUCUGAGGUUUACUUACUCCAGUGCAAUAUGAAGUUCCCAACUCAGUCUUCCUUUGAUCGGGUGAUGCCUCUCCUGAAUGUGGCAGUGGCCUCUCUCCACCCACUUACUGAUGAACAUAUCUUCCAGGCCAUCAAUGCUGGGAGCAUUGAAGGCACACUAGAAUGGGAAGACUUUCAACAGAGAAUGGAGAACCUCUCCAUGUUCCUAAUCAAGCGCAGAGACAUGACUCGGAUGUUUGUGCAUCCUUCUUUUCGAGAAUGGCUUAUCUGGAGAGAAGAAGGAGAGAAAACCAAAUUUCUCUGUGAUCCCAGGAGUGGCCACACAUUACUUGCUUUCUGGUUCUCCCGCCAAGAGGGGAAACUAAACCGACAACAGACUAUUGAACUAGGACAUCACAUCCUCAAAGCACACAUCUUUAAGGGUUUGAGUAAAAAGGUUGGUGUAUCGUCCUCCAUCCUCCAAGGACUCUGGAUCUCCUAUAGCACAGAAGGUCUUUCCAUGGCAUUGGCCUCUCUACGAAAUCUCUACACUCCAAAUAUAAAGGUCAGCAGACUGCUGAUUCUGGGAGGUGCCAAUAUCAAUUACCGGACAGAGGUUCUAAAUAAUGCUCCUAUCCUAUGUGUCCAGUCUCACCUUGGUUACACAGAAAUGGUGGCCCUGCUUUUGGAGUUUGGGGCCAAUGUGGAUGCCUCUUCUGAGAGUGGCCUGACUCCUCUGGGGUACGCUGCAGCAGCAGGGUUCCUGAGCAUUGUGGUGUUGCUGUGCAAGAAACGCGCCAAGGUAGAUCACUUGGAUAAGAAUGGACAGUGCGCUUUGGUUCAUGCUGCUCUGCGAGGUCAUCUAGAGGUUGUCAAGUUUCUGAUUCAGUGUGACUGGACAAUGGCUGGCCAGCAGCAAGGAGUGUUUAAGAAGAGCCACGCCAUCCAGCAGGCACUCAUUGCUGCAGCUAGCAUGGGUUACACAGAGAUUGUCUCCUACCUACUUGAUCUUCCAGAAAAAGAUGAAGAGGAAGUAGAACGAGCACAAAUCAACAGUUUUGACAGUCUCUGGGGAGAGACAGCCCUGACAGCUGCAGCCGGAAGGGGCAAGCUUGAUGUGUGCCGUCUGCUUUUGGAGCAAGGGGCAGCAGUGGCCCAGCCAAACCGCAGAGGAGCAGUGCCUCUAUUCAGCACUGUUCGCCAGGGCCAUUGGCAGAUUGUUGAUCUUUUACUGACCCAUGGAGCUGAUGUCAACAUGGCAGACAAGCAGGGUCGUACUCCCCUGAUGAUGGCUGCUUCUGAAGGCCAUCUAGGAACUGUGGACUUCUUACUAGCACAAGGUGCCUCCAUCGCCCUGAUGGACAAAGAAGGGCUGACAGCCCUCAGCUGGGCUUGUCUGAAGGGCCAUCUCUCAGUAGUUCGCUCUCUAGUGGAUAAUGGAGCUGCUACAGACCAUGCAGACAAGAAUGGCCGUACCCCACUGGACCUGGCAGCUUUCUAUGGCGAUGCUGAGGUGGUCCAGUUCCUGGUGGAUCACGGGGCCAUGAUUGAGCAUGUUGACUACAGUGGGAUGCGUCCUUUGGAUAGGGCAGUGGGUUGCAGGAACACAUCUGUUGUAGUAACUCUACUGAAGAAAGGAGCCAAAAUAGGUUGUCAGACGUUACCGAGUCGCCCACGAGGUCCAGCCACAUGGGCGAUGGCCACCUCCAAACCAGACAUCAUGAUCAUCCUGUUGAGCAAGCUGAUGGAAGAGGGGGACAUGUUUUAUAAGAAAGGUAAAGUAAAGGAAGCUGCCCAGCGCUACCAGUAUGCCCUGAAGAAAUUCCCUAGAGAAGGGUUUGGUGAGGACUUGAAAACCUUCCGGGAGCUAAAAGUAUCUCUCCUCCUCAACCUCUCUCGAUGUCGCAGGAAAAUGAACGAUUUUGGAAUGGCGGAGGAAUUUGCUACUAAGGCCCUGGAGCUGAAACCGAAAUCUUAUGAAGCAUACUAUGCGAGAGCAAGGGCAAAACGCAGCAGCAGACAGUUUGCAGCAGCCCUAGAGGACCUGAAAGAGGCCAUCAAGUUAUGUCCAAACAACCGUGAGAUCCAGAGGCUCCUGAUGCGAGUGGAGGAAGAGUGCAGACAGAUGCAGCAGCAGCAGCAGCAGCCACCGCCACCACCCCAGCAGCCUCCGCAGGAGUUGCCAGAGGAAGAAACAGAGCCUGAGCCCCAGCAUGAAGAUAUAUACUCUGUACAAGACAUAUUUGAGGAGGAGUACUUGGAACAAGAUGUUGAAAAUGUUUCCAUUGGCCUCCAGACAGAGGCUCGCCCCAGUCAGGGCCUCCCAGUAAUCCAGAGCCCGCCCUCCUCUCCAGCCCACCGGGACUCAGCCUACAUCUCUAGCUCACCUCUUGGCUCUCAUCAGGUUUUUGACUUCCGGUCCAGUAGUUCUGUAGGUUCUCCCACUAGACAAGGUUAUCAGUCCACCUCGCCUGCUCUUUCUCCGACUCACCAGAACUCUCAUUACAGGCCUAGCCCACCACAUACUUCCCCAGCUCAUCAGGGUGCAUCAUACCGAUUCAGCCCACCUCCUGUGGGAGGGCAAAGCAAGGAAUACCCUAGCCCUCCCCCUUCCCCUCUCCGUAGAGGCCCUCAGUAUAGGGCCAGUCCUCCAGCUGAGAGCAUGAGUGUCUAUAGAUCCCAGUCUGGCUCACCUGUACGCUAUCAGCAAGAAACAAAUGUGAGUCAGCUUCCUGGCAGACCAAAAUCUCCACUGUCCAAAAUGGCCCAGCGGCCCUACCAGAUGCCUCAGCUUCCAGUGGCAGUUCCCCAGCAAGGGCUCAGGCUACAGCCUGCCAAGGCCCAGAUUGUAAGAAGUAACCAGCCCAGCUCAGCAGUGCACUCAAGCACUGUAAUCCCAACGGGAGCCUAUGGCCAAGUAGCCCAUUCACUGGCCAGCAAAUACCAAUCUUCACAAGGAGACAUGGGAGUAAGUCAGAGCCGACUGGUUUAUCAGGGAUCAAUAGGGGGGAUGGUAGGGGACGGAAGGCCUGUACAGCAUGUCCAAGCCAGUCUGAGUGCUGGUGCCAUCUGUCAGCAUGGAGGAUUGACCAAAGAAGACCUGCCACAGCGACCUUCCUCUGCCUACCGAGGCGGUAUGAGGUAUAGUCAGACACCACAGAUUGGACGUAGCCAGUCAGCGUCAUAUUAUCCGGUCUGUCACUCAAAACUAGAUCUGGAGCGUUCCUCCAGCCAGCUAGGUUCCCCUGAUGUGUCACAUUUAAUCAGAAGACCUAUCAGUGUCAACCCUAGUGAAAUCAAGCCCCACCCACCAACUCCCAGGCCACUGCUGCACUCACAGAGUGUGGGCCUGCGCUUUUCUCCAUCCAGCAAUAGCAUCUCAUCCACCUCCAACCUGACUCCCACCUUCCGGCCUUCUUCUUCAAUUCAACAAAUGGAGAUCCCACUAAAACCGGCAUAUGAUAGGUCAUGUGACGAGCUAUCACCAGUAUCUCCCACUCAGGGAGGUUACCCCAGUGAGCCCACCCGAUCCAGGACCACACCAUUCAUGGGGAUCAUAGAUAAAACAGCCCGGACUCAACAGUACCCCCACCUUCACCAGCAGAAUCGGACCUGGGCAGUCUCAUCAGUGGAUACCGUUCUCAGUCCCACGUCUCCAGGCAACCUGCCUCAGCCUGAAUCCUUCAGUCCACCAUCAUCCAUCAGCAACAUUGCCUUUUAUAACAAAACCAACAAUGCACAGAAUGGCCAUUUGCUGGAGGACGAUUAUUACAGCCCCCAUGGGAUGCUGGCUAACGGGUCCCGUGGAGACCUCUUGGAAAGAGUCAGCCAGGCCUCCUCUUAUCCUGAUGUGAAGGUGGCACGGACCCUACCAGUGGCUCAGGCAUACCAGGACAACCUGUACAGGCAAUUGUCUCGGGACUCUCGACAAGGGCAGACAUCGCCUAUCAAACCAAAGAGACCAUUUGUGGAGUCUAAUGUUUAAGAGACAUUUGUUGGAGUGAGAUCCAUAUGUUUUCACUGCACAUUUUCAGGCUUGGUUUCCACAUCUGAGGUAGUUCUCUGGCUUAAUUUCUCAUGUAGCUUUUGUGUGGUGUUCAGAGGUGACAGCCCACAUUGUUGAAAUCCUUUGCAUGCAGCUGACUGGGAAGCUGGCCUCUGGUGAGCCAGGACUUCAGUUUCUCGGGUCUGUGCCCCAGCCACAUGCUCUCUCCCUCUCUUCCAAUACCAACGAGGAGAUUUCGUGCCGUGAGCUUUAACCAGGGAGAUCAGACACACUGGUCGGCUUUCUCCAGGAGACAAUCGCUUUCACUGAUGUUCUUGUUGUGUGAAUGUCUGUUUCCUUUUUUAAAAAGUAAGAUGUUCUUGUUUGUUUUCUUCUAGAAACGUUAGGACGUGUGUGAUGCCUCUCUGUCCUUGCAUUCUUCCUCAGUGUUCACAUGGCCAGCCCCAGUGCAUCGCUGUGCCGUGGUCUCCUCCCCACUCCCCACUCUCCAGCUCCCUGCAGGUGUCAGCUCUAGAAUCUUCAUUUACUUUAUUGCUGGUCCUCCCCUGGCACAAGGGGUCUAGAGAGAGUGAGAAAGAAAAGAAAAGAAAAGAAAAGAAAAGAAAGAAAGAAAGAAAGAAAGAAAGAAAGAAAGAAAGAAAGGCUGGCUGGCUAUAUUGUUUGGAAGAAAAGCCCACUAUAAUUAUCUGAAAUCUUACUAUGUUUUUCCAAGAAGCAUUUGGGGAAGAUUUAAUAAACAUCCAGCCCUUUAAAUAAGUUGAUUAGCCAAGGAAAUUCCAGGAGAACUGUGGGUAUUUUUAAAGUGAGAAUAUCUCACCCAGAGGUAUUCUCUAGGCUUUAACCAACAGUUAGCCACUAAAGGCUGCUGAUUUUCCAAGGCUAGAGAAGGGAAUAAGUACGGAGAAAAGAGGAGAAAGGGGGAAAGAUUGUUCUUGCUUCUCACCAAGAGAAAGCUGUGUCAAAUCUGCAUUUUAGAUCCCAAAAAGCCCUGAACAACCUGAGGUCUGGCUGCUGUUGUAGCCCUACUAGCUGCAUUUUCACCUGGAGCCAGGCUUCAUUCAGCUGACGCUCAUUGUCUCAAACCAAGAUGGUGGUGUAAAGAGUUUCUUCCAGAACCUGUUUGGGUUCUCUUGGGACUGCAAGACCCAUCCCAGGGUUCCUACCCAGGCCACUGCAUCCCAUGCUGGCUGUUAACCCAUCCCAGGGUUCCUACCCAGGCCACUGCAUCCCAUGCUGGCUGUUAACCCAUCCCGGGGUUCCUACCCAGGCCACUGCAUCCCAUGCUGGCUGUUAACUAAUUCCAUUUUAAGAACUCUGGUUUCAUUAUUCUCUGUUAAAGUAAUUGUCUCUUUUAUCUAGGAGUGUUUAAUGGUAAUCUUUGAAAGUCAGAAACAGCCAAAAGUGUUGCAGAUUGCUCUGAGCACUGGAUAGGGGCAUGAGAUUGAUAGCAGGCCUUUUCUUCUCUCAGUUUCCAUUCCUCUUGUGGCUGUUUGCUAACCUGGUUUUUGAAAAGCUGAGACAACUAUGAGCUAGAUACAAGAACACAGGAACCAAAGCUAUAGCACAGUGCCAUCUCUGGCUGCAUGUCAGUUCUUAAAACCAAGCCACAGGUACAGAAAUGGUACCAUGUUCUUAGGGAGCAUUUUACUAGUUAGUAAAGGGCUGCAGGGAGGAAGGAUAGUUUCUUGAACAAAAUCCAAAAUCCUGUGAUCUGUUUGGAAUGCAGUUCUCUGGUAGGAUCUGAAGUCAUGCAGAGCAUGACACUGAGAUCAGAAACCUUUCAUUGCUGAUUUAGAUUCUGCCAGUAGGUGGAGCCCAGGCCCCCCAAGCCUAAAACACAUCAGGACUCAUCUCUGUAAGCAGGACUGUUUUUACUCUGAUACAGAAGAACUACCCUGUUCUCCUGGACUAGGAUAGGCACUGGUCAUUUCUCCCUACCUGUCUGUAUCUUCGUCUCUCCCAUCUGGAAGAAGUUUAUAGCUGUGGGGUCAGCCUGUAGCUGGGAGCAGCAGCCUCUUGACUCCAUGUGGCCUGGACACAGCUCUGUUGGUCUCUGCAUCACAUCAUCUCUUAUCUGAACCACAUCUGAGGGAGCUACUACAAUCCAUUAGAAAAGUGCUCCGCCUGUUUGGAAAGCCACCCUUAGCACCUUCCUGCCCAGAUGGGUUAGAAUGCCAUGCAGUCCUAAAAAUAUACCAUAGCUGCCACUAUUACCCAGGGUCCCUCAUUCUCCCAGGAAAAGCAAGAGAGUUAGCGUCUCUACUCCCACCUGAAAUGUCAGUGUCAAACCACAAUUAUUUCCUAGCCAUUAUAAGAGAGAGUGCAUGCCACUACUGGGAGCAAGUGGUUUUUGACUUAAAAACACCAAUGGGAGCGUCCUGAGGCAGGAGAUAAGCAUCUGUCUUCCCUGGAUGCAGACUGCCUGCCCUGCUUUGCUACUUCACUGCCAUGGUUGAUCUUAGUACUGUAUUUUAAACGUGCCCCUCCCUUCCCAACAAUGAACGUUUGCCAGACACACAUGGCUUCAGGAUGGAAGGCAUCUUAAAUGAAACUGGCAAAUUCUGCUCACUCAAUUCACAUCACCCUUAAGUAGAGACAGGUGACAAACUUCAGCUUGCAGGUUUCUCACCAAAACAUGUUCCUUUGCCCAAAAUUCUUGCACUAAUGGGUUUCCAUCACAUCAUGUCUAUAAAUGGGUGCACUUUACUGUUUGAAUUUGUACUCUGAUAAAUACUGGAUAUUUAAGUGUGAGUAAUGUCUUCAUUAGAAAUUAGCAGAGUCACUCUUGUCUCUAGUGUGUUUUUCAAGAAAAAAAAAGGAAAGAAAUCAAGCAGUGGAUCACAGCAUUUAUAGCACAAGAAAUAACUGUUGUAUAUAAGCCUCAAAGAUUAAGAAUUUUUAAACACAAGAAAACAUUUGCAGUGAUUUUAAAGUGCUUUUCCAGCAAUUCUCUUAGGGACUCCUGAGACAUGGUUCAUUUAUUUACUGGAUCAGUAAGGCACACAAGUAACAAUUAAAAUUAUUGUUUAUUUACAAAGUAAAGGGAAAACCUGUGUAACAUGAGAAUUCGGCAUGGACGAAUGGAGAUCAUUGUGUAUCUGCUGUUGUGUCUGUCCAGGUUGCACACGUGCACUAUUAAAGUCCCGAGGUAAUAGAGCACAACCCCUCCCAUUCCUCUCCCAGGCGCCCCUUUCUAGAUGUGUUUAACUUAAGCGUGAUGGCUCAGGAAGAUUCCACUAAUUAGAACUGUGUACAGUAUCCCAGGGUGUUGCCCAGAUAUCCAAGUUUGCUGAUUUUAGUUAAGCCUGGAUUAUCACUUUUCCUAAAUUACUGUAAACAGAACAGCUGAGAGAAAGGUGUUCUCCGCCCUUAUAUUGUAUAGUAGUUUAUGAUCCCCCUAAAUAUUGGUAUUUUUAUAUUCCAGAGAUAUACCCGAUAGAAAAAUUUUAAACCAGUAUCUAAUUUAAUAUCCAUAAGUAUUUUUCCUUAGAGUUUAGUCAUAUGCAGUGGGAUAUGUGGAUGUCACUUGUGCUUCACCAUACUCUACCGCUAGGUGUCACUGUGACUCUGCAUCAUACUUACCUGGUUACAAAGACCAGCUUCGUGGAGCUGCUGCCAGUGCAGCUGGCGGCCCAUAGAGUAGAGGUUCAGGAAGAAGGGAAGAAAGCCUGGAGGGGUCUUCAUGCAGCCAUGCCAUCUGUAGCAGGACAGACUCUGGACACCACCUGUUUGGGAGGCUACAUUGAACUCCCUAUCUCCCCAUUAGAACUGUUCCUCUCAGUUCCACUCAGCCUCCAACUUUUAUAACUCCAGAAGUGUCAUAGUUGGGUGGUUGAUUAAAGAUGGUUAUUUUUCUACUGCAGAAAUGCCUUGGACAAAACCAGUUGCUCACUGAAUCUUUGCCACACAAUGGAACAGGCUCCCCAGGUGGCAGGAUAUGCUGCCUCUGUGCCCAUCUCCUGUUGAGCCCGAGUGCUCAGCAGCCCCACCCACCCUACCUGCCUGCCCUCAGGCUGCCCAGUUCUCCAGAAGGGGUCUGCUACCGCCUUUACUCUGAGGGCCAUACUGCCCUGCCUCAUGCUUGUUAAGAGGUGUGACUUCUCCUUUUCCUCUGGGAAUUCCAGACUGACCAUCUACCAUGACUAACAAUGAACAAAGGGCUUAGGGUAAGAGCUACCUACAAAGACGCGUCAUGGAAACCUUCACCAUGCAAUGCCUUGAACUCAGCUCUGGCUCCCAAGAAAAGGCAGCUGGCUAGGGGCCUGGACACAAGCACAACGGGGCUGGUGGAGCCACUGUGCAGAGCUACUUGAAUAUUCACUGGGUCUUCAUCAACUCUCUGUAAUACAGACCACUCAAGGGCUGAAGUGUUGGUAACCUUCAUUUCGGUGUCCAAUGCCUCACAGGAGCUGAGCCACCCUGAGAUGCUUGUGGCCACGAUGGCCGCAGUCAGAGCUUUGAAAGUCAGUACCAAAUGAACGUAUGAUUGGACACCAACAACCAAGUGUUACUGUUUCCUCACCCUGCCAUCUCAUUUCUUCCUGCUAACUAUCGUGAUCCCUACACUAAGCUGACCAGUCAGGCUACAUCUGGCUGCAUGCAGAUGCCAGCCAGCACCAUCUCCUGGUUUCAGAUAGACCUACUCCAUGGGAAGGAUGUGGCCUAGCUGCUUUGUUUCUGUAACACUUGAUGGCUGAUUUUUUUCCUUUGCUAAUCACUAACCAGAAAAUCUGGCUAGGACUUAACUCACUCCCUUCAAUCCCCAGGACCAGAUAGAGAGUUAAUUCUGGAAAAUUCUGUACUUGAAUGUACCUGCCUUACUGUGUACCCAUUCACUGGGGGAGGGGGGAUUAGAGAUGUUGGCUCUAGAUAUCCACUUCAUUCAAGGUUAUUUUGGAAAUCCUGUAAGUUCUACUUCCUGUCCUGGUUUGGUUUGGUUUGCUUUGCUUUGCUUUGUUUUGUUUUGUUUUUGACAUUUGCCUGACUCCUGCUGAGCUGGGCAGGUUCCCUGUGGGGCCCAGGGCAGGUGCCAUUCUCAGGCAUGGCCUCCCUUCCAUCUAGCACAGCAUCUGUCUCUCUGUUCUGUCUCCUCCAAACCCAAGAUGAUUUUAAUUAGUACAGACAUGUACAGUCUACAAUUAAAGAGUGAUUUGUACUGAUUUGAUUUUGAUUAUUCCUCUUUGCUGUCCUUUCAAGACACUUGCUGGAAAAAGCUUUAAUGCACUUAGUUUUCCUUUAGGUUUUCUAUAACUCAGAUGUAAAGGACUUUCUCUGUACAGUAUAUUAUCCAAUGCAUGUUUGUUCUCUAUCCUGAUAUAUCGAACACCACACGGUCGUGAACUCGUGCAGUGGGGAUGCCCCACACCCAGCGGAGGCCUCCAGCCCCGUGAAUAAGGAAGACAUUUUCUCUACUGUACUUGCUUGAACAGUUUUAUUGUCUGUACAUGUGAGCUGUGUGAGAUAGAUGUGAAAAGUUCAAAUGAAUGCAUUUUCCUGCCCCAUGUAUACAGAACGUCAUCUGUACAAUGAACUGUAUGUAUGAAAGCAAAUGUACGUAUUUAUAAAUGGUCAACACUUGGAGAAA